AUGGAAUCACGAGGAAGAAAAAUUUUAAGUAUGGUUCUUGAUGAUCAAGCCAAUAGGCAUACCGAGUCUACUGAGGAGCCUCAGAUUGCUGAGUAUUUAAAAUACACCUGUGUUAAUGAAAAUUAUCACAAUACGGCAAUAACUACUCCAAACAUUAAUUCAUCGACGGAUUCGUCGAAGAGAACAAUGGUUGAAAAAUGGAUAGAUAGUAAUAACUUUGAAAAUCAGGAUCCUAUGCUGUUAAACAGUGAGACUUCAGAAACAGUAAAUACACCCAUUAUAACUGCAUCGGAUACAGAUGAUAUUACGGUUGAGAAAUGCACAGACAGCAAUGACUAUAAAAUUCAGAAGCCUAUGUUAGUGGAUAUUUCGGACGGAGUAAACCCACCCAUUAUAAAUAAAACCUCAGGUAAUGAGGAUUCCGAUUCCUCAAAUAAUGGAGAUUUUUCACCAUCAGAAGGUUCAGAAUAUAAGCCUCCAAGUCGUGCGAGGGAGAUUGAACGCAACACUAGAUCCUCCCAACCUAGAAACUUGUCAAGUUCUUCUAGUUCCAGCAAUAGCUCUUCUAGUUCCAGCACCAGGGCGCCUCAGCCUAUUACGGUUGAUUUGGAAAAUGAUGAAGGUAAUAUUGAAACAGAACCAACUUUCCGCACAAAUGAGGAUAAUGUUGUCCUAGAAUCGAAUAGAAAACGGUCUAGAAAACGUCAAAGAAAUAUGAUUUCUUCUGAAAAGAGUAACAUCAUUUUUAAAUCCUACUGGGAACUGGGAACACAUCAAAGACAAAGAGAUUUUCUAGCGUCCUGUGUCAAACAAAUUCAUCCUGCAACCCGAAGAGUCACAGUCACUGUUAAUAGCACCUGUAAAGAACCAAGAAAACCAAACUCGAGCUUCUACUUUAUAAUAGAUGGAAAAGAAGUUAGGGUUUGUCGGACAUUUUUGCUAAAUACAUUGGUUAUUGGUGAAAAAACUUUACGAAAUGUAAUUGACAGUGUAUCUAUUCAUGCUUUGAGUGUGAGUUUUACUGAUAAACGUGGAAAACACGGCAAACAUUGUAAACUUACUGAUGAAGAAAUACAAUCAGUUCAUGACCACAUAAAUUCGAUCCCACGAACGGAGAGUCAUUACCUAAGGGCGAAUACAACCAGAGAAUACAUAGAUGGAAGUCUGACUAUAGCUGAGCUCCAUCGCAGUUAUAAAAGACUCAGACAAGAAGCUGGUAGACCAGCCGUCAAUUACGACGCUUACCAUCGAAUCUUCAACACUGAUUUUAAUUUAGGCUUAUUUGCACCUCGUAAAGACCAGUGCGACGAAUGCGAAGGCUACAAAAACGCUGUCGACAAAGAACCAUUGAUGGAUAAGCAUAAAUUACACCUUGAGGAAAAAAGUCUGGCCCGAUUGGAACUUGAAAAGGACAUAGAACAAAGCAAACAGAUAGAUUCGAAUAAUAUAGUAGCCAUAUUCGAUCUACAGGCAGUCUUACCAAGUCCUAUUGGCCAAUCGUCAGCUUUCUUUUAUAAGUCAAAGAUUAACUGCUACAAUUUCACGGUUUCAAAUAUCAACGAUGACACAACAUUAUGCUUUUUCUGGCAUGAAGGUCUCGCAAAACGUGGAGCUAAUGAGAUAGGGACAUGCAUCUACAAGUUUCUGGAAGAACUUAGUCACAAACAACGUGAUAAAGACAUCAUUUUAUAUUCUGAUAAUUGCUGUGGGCAGCAGAAGAAUAAAUUCGUUUUCGGAAUGUAUUAUUAUGCUGUUAAUACAUUGCCCAUCAAAUCAAUUACUCAAAAAUUCCUCAUUAUAGGACAUACUCAGAAUAAAGCUGACUCUGUUCAUUCCGUCAUUGAGAAGAACAUUAAACGGGCAAAGAAAGCAGGUCCUAUAUACUCUCCAGUCGAAUAUAUAAGUCUCAUCAGAAACGCAAAAAAAAGCGGCGACAAAUUUAUAGUCAAAGAAAUGAACUUCGAUUUAUUCUUUGAUUUAAAGCUGUUAGCUGAUGAAGUCAACUUGAAUCUUAACAAAGAUAUUGAGAGAAAUAAUGUCAAAUUAUCCGAAAUGAAAGCCAUAAAGUUCACAAAAAGGUCAGAGACAUACCAAUUCAGAAACAGCUAUAAAUCAGUCGUCUGGACAAAAGCGAAUGUCAAAAUAGGCCGGACUGCUAAUAGAAAACAACUGAAAGACAUUACAUUAAAUGUGUUGUACACUGAAAAGUUGCCGAUCCCCAAUCGGAAAAAAGAAGACAUUCGUCAACUGAUUGCUUCAAACAUUGUUCCAAAAUUCUAUGAACAAUUUUAUAAUGGUUUAUUUUAA